UGCCACCCCUGAAGGAUGGCAAAUCAAGGGUUGGGCAGCACAGGGGAUCUGUGUAGACCACAAACAGCAGAACAUGCUGAAUGUCUCUCUGUGCUGAGUGUGAGGGGCUGUUUGGGGCACAGAGCUCACCAGUGCCACCCUGUCCUUUGCCCUGCAGCUGCCCUGCAGGCCCUGAAGCGCAAGAAGAGGUAUGAGAAGCAGCUGGCACAGAUAGAUGGCACGUUAUCAACAAUUGAAUUCCAGAGGGAAGCCCUGGAGAAUGCCAACACCAACACUGAAGUGCUCAAGAACAUGGGCUUUGCUGCUAAGGCUAUGAAAGCUGCUCAUGAUAACAUGGACAUUGAUAAAGUAGAUGAAUUAAUGCAGGACAUUGCAGAGCAGCAAGAGCUGGCAGAUGAGAUCUCUACAGCCAUCUCCAAGCCAGUAGGAUUUGGGGAGGAAUUUGAUGAGGAUGAACUCAUGGCAGAGCUAGAGGAACUAGAACAAGAAGAACUAGACAAAAACUUGCUGGAAAUCAGUGGUCCGGAGACAGUACCACUACCAAACGUGCCCUCAAUAUCAAUACCCUCCAAGCCAGCCAAGAAGAAAGAGGAAGAAGAGGAUGAUGACAUGAAAGAGCUGGAAGCUUGGGCAGGAACCAUGUAACCACAGUAGCCCCUGGCUGGAAAAAAGACUUUGGUUACCUAUUCUGGGUGCAAAUGUGUUUUGUUGAGGAGAAAGCAUAAGCAAAAUGUCUUUAUCUUUAAUUUUAACCCAGAGCAGUGGGAACUGCAUUGCUGUUUUCUGCAUAGCAUGGAAAAAAGUCUGCCCAGAGGAGAGAAGGGGGAGCAGGGGAAUUGCCUGCUGUCGAUACGGUUGAAUUUCUGUAGAAAAGGUAUUUGCAAAAUCAAACAUUCAGCUUUGGGACUGUGCUCCUGCCACUGCUGGAUCUUCAUCUUCAAUUUGGGCCAUACAUUGAAUUGAAAUAAGCUGCAAAACACUCUGUAAUUUUAAGUCAGUUUAAGUGUGUCUAGGAGUCUUGUAAGGCAUUUAAAAACCAGGAAAAGUCGUAAGCCCCCAUUGGCUUCUUUAUUGUGUUUUAGGUGCAAGAAUGCUUUAGGUUUUUAGUUCUUUGCCAGGUCUAUUUAUAUCCCUUGACUGCUGUGUGCCAGCCCUGUGUCUGUCACUGCAACGACGUAGUCACUGUGCCCAUUUUAAUUGCUGAGAAUGAUCUGCAGUUGAUCCACACUCUCUUGGAAGUAGGGAAGGUUUCAAGUUCUGUUGUACAUUUUUCUACAUGGCACUACAAUGUUUAUUGCUUUUUUGUGAUAAUUGAUAACCCAUUCAGAUACAUGCACACAAUUAUUUUAAUUAAGAAACUACUAUGGAUUGCACUGUAUUAAAUAUCUCGAUUAAUUUUCA